UUGACGCAACAUCGAUCGCGCACCUCCACGGGUCGUAGCCUUCGCAUUUCCCGACGAGUUUCAACGCAAUCCUACCCAGUUUUGUCCUCCGAAAAAAUUUGAACGAGAUAGCUGACAAGUGGACUUCCCGCCUAAAUUUCCAAUUGCGCGUGAUAUUCGCCGCGACUUUCGAUAUAUGCAUCGCAAAGUGACGAUUACGAAGAGCUCCGACUCCGACAAGUCUCAGAAACCCUACGAAUGAAGGAGUAGAGGAGGAACGGGAGGGACCAUCGUUUUCAGGGUGCAAAUUCUUUGUGCGUCGCCCGAUGUGUUGUCAAAAUUCAUCGAGGAAAUAUUAAUGGCAAUUGAAUCGCGGUGCUGUUGUCGGUUUAGACGUCACAGAGAUUGAUACUUAAUGAAGAAAGGAAUAAAAGGCCUAUGACUAGCCAUCAGGGAAUAUGAAUGAUCAUAAUUCGUCGGCGGCUGCAUCGAUGCAAGAUUCUAUCCGAUAACGGCGUCGAUCGCAGACGUCGACGAUUAACAUCAUCAUCAUUGGCUUUAACAUUGACAACGAUUAUACAUCGAAAUCAUGGACAAACAGGAGUUCUUUGCUAAUCUACAUUAUCUGCCGAUCGCCGUUUUUAUCUCCUUGCCUACGAUCUUCAUUUUAACAUAUGUAAUCGCUGUUCUACUAGGACAUGUAGAAGCUGGUUUUCCUUACAUCUCCGAUGCAGCAACUUAUGCACCAGAGAGUUGCAUUUUCUCUCAAACUGUCAAUCUGAUUGCCAUUCUCAUGUUUUUUAUGAUCUACAUAAGAUAUUCCCAAGUUAAGGAAUGCACUAGCACCUACGGUUCACCAGCUUCCUUGCCGAAGUGGAAUCAUUGGGCCUUAAUAUUCGGCCUCGCAUCAACCGCCGGUUUAUCAAUUGUCGCGAAUUUUCAAGAAACUUCAGUAAUCGUAGUUCAUCUCAUCGGUGCAGUGCUCUGCUUUGGAGGUGGUACCGCGUAUUUUUGGACCCAGGCCAUAUGUUCAUUUUACUUGUACCCGUCAGGGUGUUCGUUACGACUCGCGCAUCUUCGCACGGCAUUAUCGACCUUCUGUACAGUGUGCUUCUUCGUGAUUCUCAUCACAGGCGUGCUGGCUCAUCUCGCUUAUAAGGGGACGAAUCCUCGGAAAUGGUAUAAAGAGGACGGCGGCUGGGAAUUGCAUGUGGCUAGUACGGUAACCGAAUGGCUUUGCGCAAUGGCGUUUUGCGCUUAUAUUCUGACGUUCACGGAGGAAUUUAGGGACAUUAGGAUAAGUCCCCCAAAGGUAACUUUUAACACAACAAUACAUUUUAAUAAAGUAGCUAUUUUUUAUCACCAAGAAUCAUUCAUGGACAAUUUCAUUUUUACUUCCUACGUGUUCGGCAACAGCGUAGGCAGAGGCGCCGGUAACUAUGUCAAUCUUCUCUCGCAUUCACCGGUCGACACACCCUGUCCCGGCUAUCGGUACCGCGGGUCCAGAGACAAUCUGCUGGACGAAGCGGCGCCGUUGGUGACAACGACACCGCCAGAGCUGCGCGACAACGCCGAGGGGAAUCCCGACGUCCUCUGCCCAGUGCAAAUACACGUACACGAUCCUACAAUACGCGAACGACGACGACAUCCCGAAGGCAAUCGCUUCGAAAAGCGAUGUCGAAAAGCCGUCGAAGAUCGUUCCAAGAAAUGGGUCGAUCUCGAUGAAAAUGUGCUAGACGGUUAUAUCCUAAUCGACGACAGGAACCUCGGUCCUUCAGUCCCCGAGAUCGACGGUGAAGAAUUAUCGUAUCCCGAAGACGCUAUUGAGUACGAUGACGACGACGAUGACGAUGACGAUGACUGUGACAAAGAGACCGGUAGUCAUGAUAAACAUAGAUGGUCGAUAUAUAAACGAUUGAAGAGAAGUGAUUCGAGACGACACCGGCCUGAUCUUGACUUUGGAGCGACAUAUCCGCUCGCGAAUAGUCACGGAAAUGCCUAUCAGGACUCGAGCAGCCAUAGUAAGUAUACGGAGUUGUAUUCGGGAUACCAGAGCGCCAGAAAUAAUCUCAACACGACUCGUGAUCUUGACGUAACGUCAAUAUACGCGGUGGCGAACAGCCAUGGCAAGAACGGCGAUUUUGCAGCGGACAUGCAAAAUCGAGGGUACAGGGAAAACAUAGAAAGCGAUAAUCUAGCCUGGGAUAAUAGAACGGAGGGCAUGAAUUACGAGAUAGCCAACAGCCACAGCAACUACCGCGUAUUCUAUGACAGUCAAACGCAACAUCAAGCUUCUUUGAUGCCUCCCUGGUCCUCAGAAAUGUGGUCGGAAAAUCAUCGUGAAGAAUCUCAAGUCACGUCAAAAGAUCCCAAGGACGAAACCGCGAGAAAACGGAACAAGGAAGGAUGCGAGAUGAACAAUGCGAGUCAACCAGGAAAGAACGAGCAAAACUCGGAAACAAGCUGCGAUAUCGAACAAUGUUUGGUACAGAUCGAGGAAAGUCUCCUGAAUAUUGAACAAAAUCUUCUUCACGUUCAGGAUCUGGACAUACCGGAGCUGAGAAACUUACUAUACAAGAGUCCGAGCAUCGAGCGAAGUCUUUACGAAGUACAGGAUCUCCUCUACGCCGAUGGCAUCGUGCCGGCCAUCACCAAGAACAAAUCUAUGUCUCUCGAUUCAGACGAAGAAGAGGAAGAGGAGGAAGACGAAGAAGAUGAAGUCGAAGAGGAAGAAGUAUGGGUAGGGCAAAAUAUAACAAUCAAAGAUAACGACGAUGAAGACGGAAAUACAAGCGCGCCUCUGCUAAAUGGCUCGAAUGAAGACUCUUCGGAUACAGCCAACGUUGACGAAUCUAAUCCCUCGAGAUCAAUCGAUGAUCACCGCGUCGACUGGAACGAUGGAUCAAACGUUCUGCGAGAAGAAGCAAAAAAUUUCCAGAUAUGUCCGGAAAAGACGAUGAACUUUAUACCUAAUAGUCUCGGCAAAACUUUACCCAGAAGAAUCGUUCUGGACGAAGUUAAGGAAAACAUUAGGCUAUGUUCGUCCGAAGAAGAGUCUACGAUUACGAUCGAUUACAAUCUGAAUAGCGCGUGCGCCGAGAAGAAAUCUCUCUUCCGCGACAAAUGGCAUAGCAGGACAAAUUCGUUAGACGAGAAUUCAAUUUUCCAGAAUACGGAACUUGGUGACAAGCAGGAGAACAAGAAAUUUUCGUUGCAAGAUAUUUUCCUCGAGGCCACGGGAACUCGUCCCUUGGCAAUUAAUGCAAAAGCACGUUCAGAAGGCACGUUACAAACAGACCGAGAGAAACGACGUGACAGAAGAGGUUCUCACGAGGAAAAACUUCUGCAAGCCGUUGAAGCGACAGCGGAGGAUUUUCGGAAGAAACUCGAAAGUUUCGCGUCACAGCGACGAUCUAUUUUGAACAGGCAGAAGAGAACAACGCCGAAGUUAACCAAGGAAGUACCAGAUAACACGCGAUCGCGAGAAAAGCGCGCGGCAACAACUGCGGCUAACAAUAAGAUGCAGGAUAAAGACAGCAGCGUCGGAAAGAACAGCGGUUGCGAUAAGCGAAAGAGAAAGAAAACUUCGGGGAAAAAUCAAAGUGUCUCGGAAAACGCUCUAGUACCCAGUAAACUGAUUUCGCUCUCGCUAUCGUUGCUUCUCGCGGCUCUGCUACAGGCGGUAAGAUGCUUGACAGACCUCGUUGAGGAUGCCUUCCGAUCGGUCAGUUACGAUAAAAGCGGAUUGCUACAAUAAGUUGCAACAAUUUUUCAAGAAAAAUUCAAAAAUAUUCAAAAAUAUUCAAGUAUCGACGAUGCGGCGAAUACCUCGCCUUAUAUCCCAAACCCAUCGACGGAUACAUAACAGAUGUAUCAUAGACGAUCAACCACGUCAACAAUCAAUCUCGUAAUAGUCCGAGAGUUACACCCGAUAUCUGUGAUAAACGCUAUGCUUAGGAUUCUCGAUGAAAUUGCGUUACUCCUUGCUUCCAAAAUAUCGAAGUCAACCAAUCUCAAAAUUUAUCUCGCUAACAUUUUCUUAAAAAUCAAAACCGAUUUUUAAAAAAGAACUUUAAAAUUUAAAAAAAGAUUAUAUAUUUGUUGUAAACGUGAUUGUUUGACAAGCAAAUUAAUAUUGGCAAUGGUAGUACGACGAUCUUCCGAAAUGUAAGAAUUGUAACGGUUACUUGACAGAUACGAGGCAAAGCGAAUAAUAGUGCGUGAUAAAUCUGGAUAACUCAUUGAUGGUGCUGAAUACGGGCUAAGUACAUAUGAACGAUGUUUAUUAUUAUGUAUAUACGUUCAAAAGUGCCUAAAAGAAACCAUCGCGUAUCACAUACGAGGUGUAGUACACGACAUACUAUAAAUAUUAAUAACGCUAUUUAUGUCUACCUACGUAAAUCUCCUUUUUCAAGAUGUAAGAGCAUUGAAAGAAAAUAAAGCAAGAGAGACGAGAAGACGAAAUGCUUAAAACGUAAAAGCAUUCUCACGCGUAACUCACUAUUCCCUUCUGCAACCAUCCUCUUUACAAUUCAAAGAAUAUAAAUCUGGAAAUGCUAAUAUUGUGCUUUUCAAGUGCUCAACUUGAGAGAAACCUCUUCUUAAAGCAAGCACGGUUGAAUCAAUAUAGAAUUCUCUCUAUUUUAAUUCAUCAUUUAUCGGAUAAUGAGAUAAAAUAAAGAUGAUCCUCGCCAAUUAGAUUUUUGUAUCUAUCUAAAAUUCAGUCAAAAUAUUCACGACAUAAUAUUGGCUCAAAUUUUACUAUAGCGUGAAUAACAUCGCAACAAAAAUAAAUCAUUAUUUUCAGUUUGCUGUCACUUUGAUAGAAAAGCAGAUACUUUCCUCUGAAUUUUUCAAAAUUAAGGAAUAAUAGAUUUCCCUCUAUUUAAAUUAACAAAUUAUAUUACAAUCAUAUAAAUAACACGAUAAAUCAAAAUUUUUGUACGAUAAUUUACGAAUUAUGAAUGACUAUCGAUUUAUUAUAUUACUAUUAUUGCUCCACAAAUUUCUUUCUGACGGUCUAUUUAUCAUUCUGCUCGUUAUCGAUUUUCUACCUGAUCAUAAAUCAGUAUAAGAUAACUUGUGUUACGUGUACACAUUUUACGCACGAAAUAGUAUGUAAGGAAUGGGAGCAGAAUUCGGAUCGAUGUUCCGUGCUUGUCACGCAUCAAAGAGACGACAUAGAUAGAGUAACGUGACACUAAAUUAUUCCGAAAUGUUUGUUCGUUUCGAAUUUCUCGUCUUACAAUCAGUUUAACAAAGUCUCGAGUUUCCCAAAUCAAUGUUAUCGUUCGCAAAGCUUGCUCCGAAGAUAGUUACUUCCUUGUUCGUUCACAUACUGUCGAUCGCAAUGACACAAUUGACAUUUUGCCGUUAAUACGAAAAGUUACACAUGACUAAUGAUUUUACAAGAUCAAAGAUUUCUUAGAGCAAAUAAAAAAAUUUGAAAAGUUAUUUGUAAUAGUUUAAAAUUUUAUAUGUCACUUGUGUGAACAAAUAAAUAUAUACCAAAUU